AUACACUAACCUAAUAACUCCCUCCCUCAUCUUCUUCGCCAGAAGUUUUUCCUUUCCCACUCGCCACCGUUGCGCCACCCUCUCCACUCGUUGAUUCCUUCGCCGUUUGCGUUCACCACCGUCAAAAAAAUACGAAACUGAGUGUGGUCGUAUCUGUUUCACAAUUGCAUUACAGAAUGAGUGUUCCAAAUGCUGCUGCAACGGAGGAUUUGUCCUCUGAAAUGGAAGUCGAUGCGUUUCGACGCCUUUUUCCGCUUCGAUACUUCGAACGUCAUCUUGCUGAAUCCAUUCGUUCUGAUGGUAGACCGCUUAGAGAAGCUAGAGAUACCAGUAUUUUUCUUGGUGCUGUUGCAUCUGCUAAUGGGUCAGCUCUUGUGAAGAUUGGAUCCACGACUAUGUUGACUGCCAUUAAAAUGGAAGUUAUGAUUCCUUCGUUGGAGUCACCAGACGAGGGUUGUUUAGCUAUAGACUUCCACAUGCCUCCGAUUUGUUCUCCGAUUGUUAGGCCUGGCAGGCCUGCUGAAGCAGAGCCGGUUGUGUCAAAGCAGUUGUCCGACACCAUUACAAGUUCUGGAAUGAUUGAUUUGAGAGAGUUGUCCUUGGUUGGUGGAAAAGCUGCAUGGAUGGCUUACUUGGAUAUCUAUUGUUUGGAUGCUGACGGGUCUCUUUUUGAUGCUGCUUUACUUUCUGCAGUUGCUGCUUUAUCUCAUUUGCAAAUUCCUGCUGUAGCCAUGAAUGAUGACGGCAAAAUAGUACUCAUGUCUGAUGAAGAUGGACAGAAGCAGGCAAAGGAGCAAGUCAAUAAGGAGAAGAGGAAGCUUACAUUAAAAAGCAUUCCAUUAUCAUUAACAUGCAUACUUCACAAGAACUACAUCUUGGCAGAUCCUACUGCAGAAGAAGAAUCCAUAGUGGAAACCCAUGUGACAAUCAUUCUGGAUACAUCUGGUCAACUAAUAUCUCUUUACAAGCCUGGUGGGCCAGUUCUUGCCUAUACUUCUGCUAUCCAGGACUGUGUUGCCUUGACUAGGCAAAGAGUGAAGGAACUAAAAAGCUUUUUAGACAAAGAAAAUUCUGCUAUGGAGGUUGAGUAGAAUUAUAAAUUAAUCAUAGCAAUUUUGAAUGGUUACUGAAAUUGUGUUUGUACAUUAUAAAUUAAGGUACUGCUGGGGCAUUUUUAUCUUGAAUUAUUUAUUUUCAUGAAAUUUAUAAUGGCAAAAUUUUUAAUCUAGAUAUAUUUUAUUGCCAUUCCAACAUUGGUUCAUAUAUUUGGUCGGUAAUUUUCGGGUAUGUAAUUAAAUUUGUAGCUCAAACCAAUUCCAUUCUAACCGAAUGGGAGAGUAUCGUUAAUUAUUUGGUUUAAAUCCA